CACAGAGCACAGUGAAGAAAACAUAUGAGACAGUCUUGUUAGAAGCAAAGGACACAGAGACCUGCGGCCAUGAUGAGCAGGAAAAAAACAUUUUUUGAGUUUUGGAGGAGUAAGGAGGAGAGACAGGCGCUUUUGGAGAGAACUAAUAGGCUGAAGCUUUCUCCUGCACAGCUGAAGCAGUUAAGCGACAGUAGAGUGCAGGCAGAGCUGCAGAAUGCCAGGGUGGCGUCUCUGCUGCCCCCUGUUGGUACGGAGGUCUUCAGACGCUUCACACCGGAGUCGCUGCAGGCGCUCAAGCGGAAGGAGCAACAGAGGAGCAAGAAAAAAGAUGUAUCUGAGGGAGACCUGCCGAAACCAACCAGUGACCUGGAGGCCGGGAAGCCCCUCCCAUUCUUCUACGGGGCUCCAUCCACUGAGUUCCUCAACACCCCAUUGGAGGAACUGGACCCUUUCUACCAAUCACAGAAGACGUUCAUGGUGGUCAGUAAAGAAAACAUCGUUCACAGGUUUAACGCCAAUCCCUCCUGUUUCCUGCUGAGUCCAUUCAACCCGCUGAGGACCAUCGCCAUUAAGAUCCUCCUUCACUUUUUAUUCCGGUUGUUUAUCCUGGUGACGGUUAUCACGAACUGUGCGUUCAUGAUGAUGGUUAGUCCUCCAACAUGGUACCCGAUUGUCGAAUUGAUGUUUGUUGCCAUCUACAUAUUUGAAGCCAUCAUCAAGAUCCUGUCCAGAGGCUUCGGUCUGGGACAGUUCACCUUCAUCAGAGAUCCGUGGAACUGGCUAGACAUCUUUAUCAUCAUCAUGGCAAUUGUGACAGAGUUUGUUGCCUUGGAUAGUAUCAGUGUAUUUCGAAUCCUGAAGAUCAUCCCACUCAUCCCUGGCCCCGCCGCUGUAAUGAGCCUGCCGCUCGGUUCAGCAGAGGGCCACGGGGGCCGAGGCCGAGUGAUGAGGGCCGAGCGUGACAACGUGAUGGAGCGCGAGCUGCAGAGCCGGCGAGGAAAUGAGGGAAAGGAGCAUGUCACUUCUUUUCUCAUGAAAAGCUCCACGCCUCCGUCAUCAGCCGCAGAGCUCCCACUGUCCAUGAAUGAUGAAAUACGUCCAUCCUUGAAGCGCUGCUGA